ACCAGAUUCCUCUGUCCAUUCUCUCUCUAUAUAUAUCUCUCUCUCUCUCUCUAUAUAUAUACAGUCUUGAUUUUCCGAUCAAAUUCACUCUAAUGGGGACUCUCGGAAGUCUAUCGCCGACGCCGACCACCUUUAUCUCCGCCAAUUCAUUCUUACUUCCUUCACUUAACACCCCCCAAAUCAAAUUUCAGAAUCCUGCAAAAAAAUCUCCACAAAUUCUCAACUACAGCAGCAAGUUCGGCAAUUUCCUCGAUCUGAAACCAGUUUCAUCUCCAGGAACCCUAGACAUCGACGAUCUCUCAUGGGUAGAACUCUCCGAUCGAUCUCGAUUCGACGCGAUCGUGAUCGGCUCCGGCCCAUCUGGUCUCCGUCUCGCUUCCCUUAUCUCCAGCUAUGGAAUCAAGGUAUGUGUUGUCGAUCCAUCUCCUCUAUCUAUGUGGUCAAAUAAUUACGGUGGAUGGGUUGAUGAAUUCGAGGCAGUAGGUCUUGAAGAUUGUCUAGAUAAAACUUGGGGACUAGCAAGUGUUUGUUUAAAUGCCAACAAGACUAAAUACUUAGAUCGUCCUUAUGGGAGAGUUAAUAGGAAGUUGCUGAAAGAGAAAUUGUUAGAACAAUGUGUAACAAAUGGUGUGAAGUUUCUUACUGCCAAAGUAUGGGAAAUAAAUCAUAAGGAAUUUGAAUCUUGUAUAGUUUGCAACGAUGGAAAUAAGAUAAUUGGUAGUUUGAUAAUCGAUACGAGUGGAUUCGGUUCUAGUUUCGUGGAAUACGAUAAACCGAGGAAUCAUGGAUUUCAAAUUGCCCAUGGAAUCCUAGCUGAAGUUGAAAGUCACCCUUUUGAUUUAGACAAAAUGGUACUAAUGGAUUGGACUGAUGAUCAUCUAGGAAAUGAACCAUAUCUUAGAGCUAACAAUUCUCGUUACCCGACAUUUCUCUACGCGAUGCCCUUCACUUCAAACUUGAUCUUCCUUGAGGAAACUUCAUUAGUGAGCCGUCCUGCAGUUCCAUACAAUGAAGUGAAGAUGAGAAUGGCGGCUAGGCUAAGACAUUUGGGUAUUCGAGUAAAAACCAUAAUUGAGGAUGAGAAAUGUUUAAUCCCAAUGGGUGGUCCAUUACCAAAGAACCCACAAAGCGUGACAGCAUUUGGUGGUUGUUCGGGGAUUGUUCAUCCUUCAACUGGCUAUAUGGUGGCAAGGAGCUUGGCUCUGGCUCCAAUUGUGGCGGAGGCGAUAGCAGAGUGUCUUGGAUCGACGAGGAUGAUAAGGGGGAAGGCGGUUAGGGAUAAGGUUUGGAAAACGCUUUGGAGUGUGGAGAGGAGAUCGGUUAGGGAAUGUUAUUCGUUUGGGAUGGAGACAUUGUUGAAGCUUGAUUUGGAUGGGACGAGGAGCUUUUUUGAUGCUUUCUUUGAUUUGGAUCCUUAUUAUUGGCAUGGGUUUCUUUCUUCGAGGUUGUCGGUAUCGGAGCUUGGGAUGCUUAGUUUGAAUUUGUUUGGGAAUGCUUCAAAUCGGUCUAAGUUUGAUAUUGUUACUAAGUGUCCUGUUCCUUUGGUUAAAAUGAUGGCUAAUUUAGCAUUAAAUGUUCUUUGAUUAUUAUUAUUAUUAUUAUUAUGAGUUUGUUGUUGGAAUAAUUUAAAGAUUGAAGGUUUAAAUAAUAAGGGAACUUUUGAAAA